GAAAUGUAUUUCUUUCAGCUAGCAGCUUCUCUGAUACUUUUCACCAAUGAAGGCGUCUGUGAUUAUCAUCUUGUCGCUUCUGAGUUUGGCUUUGACGUUUGAUUUGGCACAAUCACAUCCAUUAUCCGAUUCAUUGAUUGAUGACAAGUCAGAAGAAGUGGAUACACAACGCAGCAUCCGCCAGAAAAGACAGUUCUACGCAUAUGGAGUGCCUGCACUUGCAGCCUAUCAUUCGGUCGCCUAUCCUAGCUAUCUCCGUGUUUAUCAUCCUGGCUACGUGUAUCUAUAGGAAUCGGACCAUUUCCUGAUGUGAACAUAGCUGAUAGGUUUUGAUUCUGUAUUAUGACGUUUUUCCGUUUGUAUCCGUCUGGAUAUCGCUU